GAUGGCGUUUCAUAGUUCAAUGGUUGCAAGAUGGCUAAGUUCGAGUAUGACGAGUCGGGUGGCACUUCACUUUAUUUUCUGGUUUCUUUCUAUGCACUUGUCCUUUUUCCACUAACGUAUUACUUGUGGCCUUCUAAGCACAAAAAGGAUGAUCCAGAGAAGGCCCGGAAAGCAUGUCACUGUGACCCGUGCGAGUCAAAAAGGGCCCAGAUUAAGGCCCCCACCACUUCCAGCACUGUCAAAAACUUUGCCAGGUGGACAUUUUUGUUUUUGGCAUGGGUCAUCUUUAUUCUAGUAGCGCUGAAAGCUUCCCAAGUAGAAAGAGAUCAUAUUGAGUAUGAUCCUUUUGAAAUUUUACAAGUAGACAGGGGAGCGUCAGAGGCAGAGAUCAAACGUCAGUAUCGUAAACUCAGCAAGUUACACCAUCCUGACAAAGAGGGCGGCGAUGCGUCCAUGUUCAUGAAGAUCGCUAAAGCUCAUGCUGCGCUAACAGAUGAAGAGUCGAGAAGGAACUGGGAAGAGUAUGGCAGCCCUGAUGGAAGACAAGCCACAACUUUUGGUAUUGCUCUGCCUGCCUGGAUUGUGGAUCAGAAUAACUCUGUAUGGGUGUUGGCUGCAUAUGGAUUAGCCUUCAUGGUCAUCUUGCCAAUUGCUGUGGGUACAUGGUGGUAUAGAUCCAUCCGCUACACUGCAGUAGAGAUCCUGAUAGACACCACACAGCUUUUCAUGCACUUUCUCUACAAGACCCCUUGUAUGAACCUCAAACGUGCCUUGAUGAUCUUAUCUGGAUCCUUUGAGUUUGAGAAGAGUCAUAAUAGUCAGGUCGUCAACAGACCAAGCGACAAUGAAGAGCUCCCUCCUCUUGUGAGGGAGUUUUCAAAUGACAUUGGUUUGAAGAACAAGGAGCGGCCCUUCUGCUACCCGUACAGUGUGAAGGUCCGGACACUGAUAUACGCCCACCUUGCUCGGGCAGACCUACCCCCUAAAACCUUGGAUGUCGAUCGUCUCUACGUUGUGAAGAAAUGCCCUCAGCUCAUUCAGGAGAUGGUCAACACAGCAGCACAACUCAUCUUCUGGCACAAAAUUAACAAAGGAAAUCCUUCCAAAGAGCCAAGGCUGGAGACGAUAGAACACAUCAUGAAGCUGAGUCCAAUGGUUGUACAGUCCACAUGGGAUAAGUCCCCACUCAUGCAGCUUCCACACUUCACAGAAGAGACACUAAGACUGUGCCAGUCAAAGAGGAAAAAUGUUAAAAGUAUAUCACAGUUCAUCAAGCUGAAAGAUCUUGACAAGAGGUAUAUUCUUCGUCAUCUAGAUGAAAGGCAGUACCAGGAUGUGCUUAACGUCUGUGCUAGUCUGCCUCUGAUAGAUGCAGACCUUAAAUUAGAAGUUGUCGAUGACGAUGACAAGGCUACGAUAACAGCUGGAGCCUUUGUGACUGCCACAGUGUAUCUCAGGAGAGAUACAUUUACAUUACAAUCAGAUGGUGAUAUAAGCAGUAGUAACAUGGCUAUAGAAGCAGGCGGCGACACAGAAGAUUUAAAGACAGAAGAGAAGGAUUCUCCAUCUGUCAACAAAAAUAAGCCCAAGGCGUGGGAGAAGCAGCAGAAGAAGAAGAAAGGAAAGACAGGUGGUGGUGGAGGGGGUAACAAGCCCAAACCCAAGAAGCAACAAGAGAAAGAAAAAGAAAAAGAAAAGAAGUCUGCCACGAAGCCUGCCUCUUUGACAGCUAACAGCACUCCUUCUAAGGACAGCACUAAUGAUGAUAACCUUGAUGUCAUGGCUGUUGAUCAGGACGAUGAUAACGGGAGUGGACUGGACAGCGACGACGAGGCCAGCCAAAAGUCUGCAAGUGAUGAAGAAGUAAUAGAGGAUGCAGGAGAGGAUGAGGAGGAGUGGGAUGAACUCCAGUCUACUCUGACUAGGAAGGAGAAGGUCCUGGAAGGCAUUAGUAAAGAAUCUCAUGAAGUUCACUCACCUUACUACCCAGAGGUGAAGCAUGAGUGGUGGUGGGUCUACAUAGCUGAUAGGAAAUCACACAAGCUGGUCACAUCACCAACCAUGGUCUAUGAUCUCAAGAAUAAGAAAGAGGUUCAACUCCAGUUCCGAGCCCCAUCCAAGGGUAACUACCAGUUCUCUCUCUGCGUUCGUUCAGACUCCUAUCUGGACUUGGAUCUUAUCAAAUCAAUCAAGGUUGACGUGAAGGAAGCAAAGAAGGUGGAGGAGCACCAUCCGCAGUGGGACAUCUCUGACGAUGAGAAAGAGGACGAUGCAGAGGACAGCGCUGUCUCUGAUUACACCACUGAUGAUGAAGAGAGUGACGAUGAAUAGAUUCAAGGAGAUCCUCGUGCAAGGCGCUGGCUGCAGACUAGAGAUGGGCAUUAUCAGGCGAGAGACAUCACCUUCUUCUCAGUCAGUUGGAGAUUGUUUGGACAGGCCUGUUCACACUGUGAACUCCUUUUCCUUGGGCAUGUAGUGACCCGGCAUAUGUGAACAAGCCUUCAAAAGCAUAUUUAACUUUUGAAAAAUAUGUGUCGAAAAAUCAAUCUAAUAGGAAGCAUUAUUGUUUGGAUAGUUUUUUAUGAUUACUUUUGUCAAUAUUAGUACCAUGGCACCCAUACAAAUUUUGUUGAAAGUCACAGUCUAUAUUUUCCCUUGUCCCAGUAUUAAAUUGGGGUCACAAUUUCAGGGAUAAUUGUUCAUAUAGUCUUUGCCAAAUUACAUGUAAAGAUCAUAAUCUCAUGUCCAUUUCAAAACAUCAAAUGGUAUGUUUUAACAAAGAUGAAAAAGUGUGGAUGAGUCAAGUAAGGAAAUUACAUAAUUUCAAUAUAUAGCAGAACAAAAAUUAAAUGUUGCUGCCUUUUUUAACCUAUGGGAGGCCAAUGUCAAUCGAAUCUUGUGUACAUGUACUAUUAUAAAUUCAAACAUCAUUCUGUUUUGGGGAGAAUUUCUGCUUUGAGAGGUUUCGCUGUAAAGUGUGUCCCAGUAAACAUGAAACCAGACUUCAUGGCAGAAAUUUUCCAUCUUAAUGAAUAAUUUCCUUGAUGAGAUAUACAUGUCUGAAAAGCUUUGCUUCUUUUCUUUCAUUUGAUGUACAACUUAUUAUUUAUAACUCAUGCAUGAUUGAAUUAAAACUAUGGAAAGUGGUGCUGCCAAAAUUUCAUUGGCACACACAAAAUGCAGCUUUGAGUGAGUUUUGCUAGUAGUAAACCUAAUUAAUUUGAAAAAAAGAAAAAUAUUACAUACAGUUUAUAACUUUCUGUUGCUUUCUGCUUGUGGUAAUGAGACGGGGGCUACAGUAUUACAAGAGUUUCCAGAUGUGUAGUAAGCAUGCAAUCGCUUGUAAAGACUCACCCGGAACUCAUAAGGCAUAAAUUAUAUUACAAAUUUGGUGCAUCUAAAAGUGUAAUCCAACAAAAAUGUCAGUGUCUGGAUAAUUAGGGUAUAUGGUACCCUUUUACCUGUAUACAUGUUUAUACUUUCUCUGUCUAUGCAGUACAAUUUUGAUUUUCAGUUAAUUUUUUCAGUUUUCCCUUUUGCAUUCCGAGUUCCUAUGUGGCAACUGCAUUUUUUGCAAAACCCCCUUUGAAGGCCUGUUAUUAGGAAUAGGAUGAUUGUUUGAAAUUAAUUUCUAGGAAAGGUACUAUCAAAUUCAAGCAUCUUGAAAUGGACCCUGCACAGACAAAAUAUGAAGCGAAAUUUCUCAAAAAGAAUGAAACAAAAUGUUGUUUUCAUGAAGCUUUCCAAUAUGCAUUUGUUAAAAGUAGGGUAGAUUUGUGGCCUAUUUAAUGUCAUUUUUUUAAGUUUGUGGAUUGAAUAAUACCUUGUUAGAUCGGUAAUCUGAAAGGAAUACAGUGUUUAUUCUCAAAUUGGAUGGGUGCAUGGGAUUUAUGUUACCUGAUGUUCAUUUUCUCUCUUUUGUAAUAGCAAGUUAUUUGUUUUAUAACUUACAUUCAUUAUAUUAUCUCUUAGUCUAUAUUGAUUUUUUUCAAUUAUUUAUAAGUGAACAUUAUCAAAUCUAUGUCUUAACAGUAAAAUAAUUUAUUGAUAGAUAGUGUUGAUGAAAUGAUAUUUCAUUCAUGAUUUUGCUAAAUGUGAUGUUUCUUCCAAGAAUUUUCUACUCCCUAACUCCAAUAUAUCAAGAAUUAGAUAAAGUUGAUGUAUUUAAUAUUGAAUUAAAAAAUUUAAUGAAGUGUAGAUAACGUGAUAGAAUUUAUUCCCUUUCCCCAUCCCUAAAACACAAAAAAGGGUGAUUUUUUUUUUCUUCAUGUAGAGAUAUGUCUUUAUUUGUUUGCCUGAUAUAGUUAACAUGUUCAUAUGUGUUCAUAUACAUGUAAGUGCAUUAUUAUGUAUGUCUUUUUUCUUUUAAUUAUGUUUUUUGUGAAAUGAAAUUCUCUUAUCCUUUUAAGACUAUUAUGUUGGCAUUGCCUACUCUAAAGAUUUCUAAGGGCUCAUGCUUAUAUGUAUCCUGUGCUUCACUGUGGAGAAGUUAUACAAAUACAUUGUACAUAGUACAUUCUGCUAUUCAUGGAAGAAAGUUUAUUUCUAUUUGUGUUUACUUAUACAAUUUUUAGUUUUUUAUGUAUUAGGGCAUGUCUCAUCACAUUACCAGGGUAGAUUAUCCAACACAUGCAUCAUAAAGUGAAUUACUCUUUGUUGCAGUAACCAGUUAAUGCUGAUGUUUUUGCCCCUGUUUCAGAUGUCUUAAUGUUUAACAAACUACAUUGUUUAAAAAUCAUUCCUUCAAAUUGUCGGUCAAUUUCAAGUUGUAGUGGGUAUAAGUACAUGAUAUGAUGUAUAUGAUACAAUUUUAGUAUUUAUGUUUGGUCUGUUUACACACCGAGCUCCAGCCAAAAUGCGCUCUUAUGUUGAGAAGUUAUUGCACAUUUAGUAACGAGCCCCACCACAUUCUUGUCUACCCACUUUUAUUUUAUUUUGUUGUCGUAGCUUGCUCUUGUUUUUUAGGUUUUUUUAGGGGGUUUGAGGGGUAAAUGAAAAGUGCGAGAUGGAAUAUGGAAAUUGAGCAUAAUAUUCUUUUUUUGUUUUAUUUAUGUAUAUGUUUAAACAUUGCUGAACAAACAGCAUGCAACAGACAAAAUAUGCAUUAUCAAUUGAGAUCUGAAGUCCUAAUAACUUUGACUACUCUUACUACACAUUUUCUUUUCCUUUUCAGGUUUUUAAAGUGGCAUUUAAUCGUACAUGUACAUCUUCUAUGAUAUUGUUGGUCAUUGUAUUUGUACAUUACAUUAUCAACUGCCUAAUCUCUCUCUCUGAUUAAAUGUUAUGAAUGCAUCGAUC